AUGGCAAAGGAUUCGAGUCGACAGCAAAAGCGCUCUCGCGCUAGUGAUGCCGCUGAGAAGGUAUCACGACCAUCCGACGCAGGAACCAAACGACGUCGGACUUCAGAAACCCAUGAAGCCCAAGCUUCUGCGACAAAACCAUCUUCCGGUGCGAUCAAGAAGGUGCGCAAGAGUGAUGCCUCUUUAAUUGGUGAAGAGAAGAGCAGUGCCUCUGCGCCUUGGUCAUUCUCUCGCCCGGUGGGUGGCCGAUAUAGCAAUCUGGACCCCAUCGUGACCGAAGAUGAAGCAUACCUUUUCGUGGGCCUCGAAACAGCCGUGCAGGUUUUCGCAACCUCCACCUCCCGCCUGCUCCGUACUCUGCAGAUGGAGACUGGUCAGAAAGUUACCGGAUACAACUUGAGCCCCGUCGAUCCAAACGUCCUGUACAUCUUCACACCUGCGUUUGUCACAACAUGGAACUGGGAUACUGGAAAGCGACUCGCCCGCUGGGGAACAACCAACUCGACAAUCGCCGCCGAUGUGUCUGCAGGUGAGGGAACCUAUCGCGUCGCAUCAUACCUCAUUGGGCAGCCAAAGGAUGGGAAGCGACAGGUUCUUAUCAGUGCCCUCGGCGACAAGAAGCUUCCCGAUAUCGUUGCCCUUGAGACCAGCGAACAAAUCAACACAAUCCAGGUCGCCUAUGAAGGACGUGUUAUUAUUGUCAGUGAUGGGGUCCAUCUCUUCCUGGGAACCACUCCCAACGUUGACCUGGAAACCCCAGAGUCUACACAGUACACAUGGAGAGAGGCUACUCUGCCAGUAUCUGCGACCUGUCUUCAUCUGCGAGAAAAUCACGACGGAGUCAAGUCUACUCACGCCCCCGACGUCGUUGAUUUGGCAAUUGGUGAAGGAAACGGCUCGAUUCUCAUUUACCAAGAUAUUGCAAACACUCUUUUCGGUCGAAGUGCAGAGAAGAAGUCUCCACCCAGGAAACUUCACUGGCACCGAGGUGCCGUUAGCACUGUGCGGUGGUCUAAGGAUGGAAACUACGUUAUCUCGGGUGGUCAGGAAUCAGUCUUGGUUUUGUGGCAGCUCGAUACUGGCAGGAAGCAAUUCCUGCCUCAUUUAUCCUCUCCAAUUUGCAAUGUUGUCGUUUCACCGAACGGCAAUUCUUAUGUCGUGAAGUUGGCCGAUAACUCAGUUAUGGUUUUGUCUGCGAGAGAGUUGCAGCCUUUCGCCAAUGUCACCGGUCUUCAAUUAUCUUCGGAUGCCGGAGCCUACAAAGACUCUUCCUCGAAAAAGUCACACCGCGCCAUUGCCAAAUUACACCCCCAGCAUCCCGAGCGACUCCUUGUCGCUGUGCCCGCAUCUCACAUGUCUAAUCAGCAUGCUUCUCAACGACCAAGCUCAGCUGUCCUCCAGACCUUCGACAUUCGCGCAAACUCCCAUAUCUCUCGCCAGGCCCUGGCCCGAACCAACACAACAACGCUGAACAUGAGUCCAGAAGGCUCUCCAAUCGUGACCCCCGACGUCCAGCACUUGGAUAUUGUCGAAGAUGGAAAGUGGUUAGCAACCGUUGAUACAUGGACACCUCAUCACCAAGACCUUGGAACUGUCGAUAGCCCCCUGCGACGACCGGAAACAUUCCUGAAGUUCUGGAAGUGGAAUGCAUCCACCGAUAACUGGGAACUAGUGACUCGCAUCGACGCACCCCAUUUCAGCGAGAACCGCCACGCUUCGGUCCUCGGUCUCACGGCCCGGCCAUCCUGCCACGAAUUCACAACCCUCGGCGAAGACGCGAUCCUGCGCUUCUGGUGCCCAACCGCUCGGACCCGGAGCGGACUGAAGACAAAUGCCGAGGACCUGCACCAGGAUACAUGGAAGUGCCGAAGUGUCGUCGAUCUGAAGGGAUGUCUGAACAACGCAUCUGCACCUCUAUCCGUAGCCUGCAUGAGCUUUUCCGAUGAUGGCUCCGUACUCGCUGUCUGCCUUCCAUCCGACGCCGGUGCCAACGACGGUCUCGUCCUCUUGAUCGACGCGCGAACCGGCACAGUGCACUACCGCCGAACAGGCGUUUUCUUCGGAAACCCUUGCUCCGUCAAGUUCCUAGGCAAAUACUUGAUCGUGGCCUCGACCGGCUCAGUCGCUGUCUGGGACACCGUCGACGACGUCGUGAAGCCAAUCCAACUAGCCAAGCCCGGCAGCACCGUUGAUGUCAGCAACUCCCCCAUGCUUGCCGUGAAUGCCAGGACCCAGUCCUUUUCCAUCGCUGCCCGGGAACUGGACGGAAGUGCCAACAAGAGACGCCGCCGAGGCCGAUUCCACAUUCGCAUCUACGACAUUUCAUCCUUCGAGCUUGUUUUCCAAGAGAGUCUGGGAAAUCACCCGGUGGCUCUGCUUUCGGACGUUUACUCGGGAGAUUAUAUCGUGGUUGAUGCUGGCGGUAGCGUGCAGCGCCUGGGAUGUCUGGACAAGGCGUCGCAGAAGAGUUUGCAGCCUGAAGAGGUGACCAGCCACCUGAACUCUGGACUGGCGAAUAUUUUCAGCCGUGGGCAGGAUAAGGUUUCUGCGCAAGUCACUGAUGGCGAGAGCGCUGGGUCUUCAGGGAAGGGGUUGGCUGGUGUGUUUGGCGAUACGCCGUCAUUCUCUUUGCCUUCUAUUGGUGUUCUUUUCAGAAAUGUUGUUCAGACUUUGGGAUCUAGUUAG